UGUCAGUCUCCCGUUCUCCUCACUGUUUCGCUGAAAUGCCGGCUGUCCGUGCUCAACACUCGCGGCAGCGCACUGCCUCUCUCUUGCGUAUCAUAUGUUGAGAGCCCCGGUUAUGUAAUGCUGAUUUUAAAAAUGACCUUGCGUUGAGACAAAUGGAUCGGCUCACAAAACGUUCUCCAACGUCAGUCAGUCCCGGUGGAUUUAUUCCUCUGCAGCGCCCUGCUUUGCAAAGGAAUGGGAGUUGGAUGAAGUGAAAGUCGGACGUGGAUCCAGGCUGAAGGACCAGGAACAACGGGAGUAAUAGAAGCCUGGGGUAGCCUGAUACAGCUCUCAUGGCCAGUAAUAAGUGACCUUCGUUUUUAUUUGCUGCUGCAGAAUUAUGCAUAACAAGUCAAAUGAAUUUGUAUAUUACUGAACAGAACAAUCCAUGCAGACUAUGUCCUUUGCAAAAUAAGGGAGCAGGAACAUAUAACACGAAAAGCAUUGCAUGCUGGAUGUUUUGUUGACCUUCUGAAAUGCCCUUGGGUCAAAGAGGAAACGGUUAUGCUGCUAGAAUACACACUGAAUCUGCUCUUUAGCCUUUAGCCUACAUCUCACGAGGUUGGCAGUGGAGCCGGGAUCAAAGGUCCAGCAUAGAGCGGGGCUGGAAGGUCUUUUUGAGCUGGGGAAGCCUGUAGAUUCCUUAUCCACUGGUGAAUAGCAGAUUUCAUUUGGUCUGUGUUCAGCAAUAAAUUCAACAGCCAAGCAAUAAAAAGAGAAGUAAUUGCAGCAACAUAAACUGUUGCCAUUAUGCUUCUGGACUGUGGCCAGCCGCUACCUCUCCUGAGGCACACAGAUGUUCCGCCUCGGGUCAUCGAAAACUUCAUCCUUACUGGCUACCGCUUCCCAACAUACAGCCUAAGGGAUUGCUUACUAUCAGCAUUCAGGCCUACCAACGAAACGGGCAACUUCUGGACACACUUCCUGCCAGUUUUUACUUUUUCAUACUAUUUUGUGGAGGUGUUCGGUUGGGAAGGUGCACCACACGUUGAUGCCCCAUUUUUCUAUCCAUUGUGGAACUACUUCAUCGGGGUGCUCUGUUUGCUAAUGGCUAGCAGCAUGGCCCACCUGCUCAACUCAAUGUCUGUGGUGGUAAGAGAAGUCUGCUUCUUUGUGGAUUAUGGCACUAUCAGUGUCUACACUGUUGGCUCAUCGUUGGCGUACUAUUACUACAUCCACCCUCGAGCAGGGAUAGUGGAGACAGGAGGCCAUAAUGGCUCCCAUAUGGACUUGAAAAGUGAACAUGCGGGGGCUAUUACUUCAUCCUAUGCAAUCCCAGAAUUCAGUGUGUUCUUUGACAACUUUUACAUCCCAUGUGCCUGUGUUGUAGCAAUCAUUUGUGUUUUAUCUUGCUGCAAUACUCGCCAGAAGUGGAGAAAAUAUCGAUAUGUCAUCCGGACCCUUGUUUUCCUCCUCCCAUUCCUUGUCUCUUCCACACCAGUCUUCUAUCGCCUCCUCACCAGAUCGCCUUAUUCCACCUCCUCCUCCUCCUUUGCUGCUUCCACUUCCAUGCCCAGCUUCUUCUAUCGCCACUGCCUCUGGCUGGUGGUGUCGGCCAUCUUCAACAUCAGCAAGUUCCCAGAGCGGCUGGCCCCGGGUUGUUUCGACAUCUGGGGGCAUAGCCACCAGUGGUUCCACUGCUGCACGUUUUUGUCCAUCCUCGAUGAGCUUCACAUGAUCAAGACUGAGGUGAGGGCCAUCCUGCUCAGCCCGACUCUGCUGCUGCCCCCAGCCACCCUCUCCCGCCUGCCUGGACCUACCAUAGCUUCCACAUAUGGGGUGAUGCUCCUCCUGCAGACCACCAUCAUCUCCAUCAUUGUGUGGUUCUCCUGGUGUGCCAACUGCAUCUACGGACCUCAGAGAGACCAGCUAGCUAAGGAACACCUCAAGAAACAUAUGAAAUGUCACUGAUCUUUUCUUUGUCAUGUCAACUGAGAAUGAUGAUUUGCACAUGCAUACAGAGCCAUGCCACAAAGAGAUGCACACAAGUUAAACAGUGAUUCCCAUCCAAUUUCAACGCCCUGAUGUGUUCUAACCCUUUCGGGAGCAUAUUUCAAGCAUUUCACGAGGGGACAUUGGAAGAUGAAAGGAUUAUAUUCUGAGCUCACCACAUGGUUGGCUGUCUGGUUGAGUGGAUAUUGAAAGAACUUACCAGCUCUUCCCCUGAGCUGUUCCAGCAUGUUCCAACAGGAUGCCUGAGCAGUGGGGAUAAUAACUACCUCUAAGGGCUGUAUUCUUGUGGACAGAGGAAAGGUGUUGGUACCCAGGAGAACACAUUCCAUGUAACAUUUGGGUAAUGUGGCGUAAAACUCAGCGUCACCAUUUACACAAGAUGUCAAUGACUUUUCUCUUACCAUAUCCUUCCUCCUGUUGCACUUACCCUGACCUUAAAUAGUAUCUUUUGAAAAUGCUCUGCUAUGGCUUCAGUUGGACCAAUAGUUUCAUACUGAAUUAAUACUUUAUUUCAGACCCUUGUUAACCAAACGGUUCUUCAUCUAACAUUCACACGGCCUAAUUUCCUCUCUCCCUUUCCAAGUGGCCCUUGCAACAGGAAGUAUGUGGUGGACUUGCCGACGCAACAGAAAUAGCUGAAAAGAGUAAAGCACUUUUCAGGGGGCUGGUUGAAUUUGCCCUGUCAUUAAGAAACCAUGGUUAAGGGUAACGUUAACAUAGCUUAAGCAUAUAUGAAGUCCUGCUGACAUGCUCUUUUGGAAUUCUUGGGUUAUUAGAUUGAUGUCUAGUUCAGAUUAAAUGUCCUUCGUUCUGAACAUGACAUGAAGGCUUUUCAUGUCAUGUGAUGUACAGUAACCGCCCAGAGCAUGAAAUGAAAGUUGAAAUAAUGACAAUAUUAUAGUUGUACUAUGUCAACAGGAACUUCCUGGAUACAUUCCACUUGAGAUAGAACAGGCUAAUAGGUCCAUCUGCAGUUUGUACCUUUCGUGUAUUAUCAUCACAUUACAGUCAAAGAGCUCGGCAUGAGUUUUUCUGAAAAAAUAUAUCAGGAAAAAGAUAAGAAGAUUAAGAAUAUUCUGAGACUCAAGAGCAUCUGUAAUCUCACCAAGCAUCUGUAAAAAAACAGAUUUGUUUUUUUUAAACAAAUGUUUUUAUUGUAUUUUUUCAUUUAUUACAAGGAUUACAACAACAAAAAACGAACAAACAAACAGACAAGUAGUACGAUGCAGGAUUGGCAAGGCAUCUUCCUGUAAAGUUCUACAAGAUUACAAUGAGUUCCAUUUCGUGAACUGAAGUAUGUAUCAGCAUGUUUCCGAAAUUCGAAAUAAACAUACAAUUUAAAAAAAAAAGGUUAUAUGAAAUAAUAUAAUUAAGACAAAAAGGCUAGAAAUGAUAGAAAACUUCUCCAAAUCUUCUCAAAUAUAGAAUAUUUACCCAUAAUCGUUUGACAGAGAGAGUUUGACAGUCUGGCAAGCAAGAUCUGUAGACUUGGUUUGGUAACAGAUCUCCAAAAUUUGGCAAUAGUGUGUUUUGCUUGCAACAUGCAGUAUACAGUAAUUUUCUUAUCAUCCUUGCUUAGUAUACAGUUUUCAGGAAAUAUUCCGAGGAUACAUAGCUUAGGGCAUAAUGAUAAUUUCACGCCUGUGAAGUUUGUAAGGAUAUUCAAAACUUCCAACCAGAAAGUCUGGAUACUCGGGCAGUCCCUUCUUUUAUUUUCUUAAGAGACUUGGGAACCGUCCACAACUAUUCCAUUAAACAGAGAAAUCAGACCUCUUUUGGAGUGGUGUUUUACUGUUAUUUCGACCACAGAGGUAAGUGUAGGUGAGGAUAAUGAUUUUUGCAUCUUGCAUAUGAAACUUCAGAUCUGUCGAUCAAUAUUUAAAGAAAUGCUUGGAUUGAAUGCCAUAUUUCUGUCGCAAAUCUUUAAAAGAAAUGAGAAUAUUUUUAACAAAUAGGUCUGCAACCAUACAUAUGCCUUUUUCUGCCCAGAUUUUAAAGCCCAUAUCGCUCUUACCCGGUGAGAAGUGACUGUUUCCCCAGAUCGGAGAGAAUUGUGAUAAUGAUGGUCUUUCAUGUCUAUGUUUAUGUACCUCAUACCAUACCUGUAUCGUAUUAUUAGCGAAGGGAUUCUGCGUACAUUUCUUGAGUUCUUUUAGCUUAGCUGAGUACAAAUAAGAAUUAAGAGGUAAAGGAGAUGUAAUAUAUAUUUCAAUGCUCACCUAGGACAAUGGAGUUCCUAGCGAAAACCAGCAGGAGGCAGUAGAAAGUUGGGAUGCCCAAUAAUACGAUUGAAGGUUUGGAAGUUUCAGACCUCCCCUUUCAAGGGGGAGAUAGAGCAAAGAUAAGCUAAGCCUAGCCCUUAUAUUGUUCCAGGCAAACUUAAAAAACAUGCUUCACUAUUUCUGCAGCUCCAUAAAAAAAGGCUUCAAAUCUGUUUCUCAAGAUGUGGUAUUAUUACCUCAUUAAUCCAAUGAAGGUAAACAAUUUUUUUUAAUUCUCAUCUAAAUCAAUGGCACUUUUUAAUAUGUUAAACUGUAUCUCCAUACAAUAUGUUUCUUUCUUGUGCCGUAUCGAACGACCUGAGAGAUAUCAUUAUGAACACAGACACAAUUUAGGAAACGCAUAAAAAACAUUUUAUCUGGCACUGGUUGAUCAGUUAUCUCCAGGUGUUGAUCAUUUAGAACAAAAGAUACUCAGGCGACUCAAAUGUAGUUGUGAUACACGAGAUGCACAAACUGGGGCAGAGUUUUACCAUGUAAAUUAAAUGUACCAUCUAUUAAUUCAACUUUAAAAUGCACUGCGCAAGGUUAGCCUUAUUGCUAGCAAUCAUAUGCUGCAGGAUCAAAUCCUGCUUGCACCAGUGUUAGCUAUACCACCCCUUGUGGAAAUACCUGUGGAGAGAUCUGUUUUCCUGCCCAUCUUUCUUUUCUUUUUAUCUACAAUUCUGCUGCCUUACCCAAACCCUAAAGGCCCAGCUUCACUGCAUAAACCUUUGGACGGUCAGGUUUGGGUUAGUUACUAUUAAUCCAAUUUAUGAAGAAAUUCUCAUUUAGUCUGUCUGACUGCACCACAGAGGGGGAUCUACCGGGGUGGCAGCUUUGAAAUCAAAGAAAAGUUGUGGCUCAUCGUACAUUUAAGAGACAGAAUUUUGUUAUAUUCGACUGCAAGUGAAUGCAGCAGGAGACGACUCCGCCCACCCUUCCCCUCUCCCCCCACCACUGAGGUUGCUUGAUGUUCGUGUAAACAUUCACUGAUGGCAGUGGCUGAUGUUUAUCUGUUGCGUUGUAUUAAUUCAUUUUGCAGUGGCUGAUGUUUAUCUGUUGCGUUGUAUUAAUUCAUUUUGCGCUGGUUACACGUUGUGUUGGUUAUUCGCGGUCUGACUGACAACAGCUGAGGUCUGUGUCUCUCUCAUUGACUGUAUAUAAACAGGUUUCUCUGUGUCGCAGUGAGUGCUGUGAAGGGGGCGUUAUGGCGUUAGUUUAGUCUCAAAACUCGCGCACGUACAAACCACACGCGCGCGUAUAAUACGAGAGAGCAGGUCAACACCGCGAGCAUAAGACACUCGCGAGGGCGCAUUUCUACUCUGCACGCGCGAAGAACGGCAUCCGCGAGCAUAAAACAAUUCUCGCGAGCGAGCAUUUGUGCUCCGCGCGCAGGACUGAACCCCCCCUCCCCUCCUAACUCGCAACUGCUGAAUUUGCUUGCUCGACUUCACAACAAGCGCGCUCGACAAGUUGAGUUUUGAGACUUUGGAGCCGGGAUCAGUGACUGACGCCCCCCUCCGUUGAUUGGUCACUUCCCUCCAGUCCCCAGUCUAUAACCGCAGGAUCUUCAAGGAUGUGUCAGGGAAAAUGUAGACUCAAUGCAUAAGAUAGUUAUUUUCUUUAAAGAAUAAGAAAGAUAGUUUUUUUUUAAAGAAAAAUAACUAUGUUAUCCAUUGUUUCUUUAACAAUAAAAAAACGAGAGCGACUAAGGAAAUGGGAACCAGUGUUUCCAAAAAAAUGACAUAAAAUUGGAAAGACAGAGAAAAAUACUUUUUUAAAUAUAUAUAUAUAUAUAUAUAUUAAAAUUGUAUUAUUAUUGUGUUUAAUUAUCUCUCUCUUUAUAUUAAUAGUCACCACUGUACAAAUUAAUUGCCUACAUUUACCCCCCCACACACACACAAACUUUAGAAUAUAGUAACACAACCCAUCAUACUUAUUUUGUUAUGUAUCCUAAUUUAUUUUACCAUUAGUUUUCUAUUUUCUGUUUGUCUGUCUGUCUAUCUUAUGUCUUACUGUCAUUGUUGUAGCCCACCCUAUAUUUUUCUCACCAAACCUGUAAAUAUGUCUCACUUGUUGUAUCGUGCAUUAAAACAUAGAAAUUAUUAAAAAAAUAAAAAUAACAAUUACCAUCUUACUUACUUUGUGGAUCAUAUAUUCUGCUGCUGUCCACAGUCUAUAAGCCAUUGACACAUUUUGUUUAUUCUCCUUAUACGUGUUAGGAUAUUAUAGUGGAUGAAUCAUGCACCUCUCUUUUUUACAACUACACGCACGCGCACAACCCACAAAUGUGCAGAUUUUUUUAUCCCCCAAAAAAUGAGGGAGCGAGUCCCUACUCCGCCGAGUCAGGGAGUGAUUAGUGAACUGCGGGGGUCACGUCAACUACACUCGUCAGUGUGUCUUCGUGUCUACGCAUGGAUUGAAGUUCUCAGUCGCUAUGAUUUCUGUCAAUUCGAUUUCCAGCGAGGCCACGCAUGUAAAAGUGUAGAUCCACCUCCGCUGCCUAUGGGGCGGUGCCCAGAUUGCGCGCGAGUAUGGGCCCCCGACUCGCCUUCCGUGUUCUCUUGCACCUGUGGUCGGCCUCCAGGCUGGCCCUGGUGCGGUUUAACCGGAACGGCGCGUUCUUUUAUCCCUUUCACCGUCUGCGUCCUCGCUGGCUUGUUCUGAUGGCUUGACGGGCCUGAUGUCGGUGCGCUCGCGGAGGCGUUACAGAACAGCUGCCGUGUGUGGGGUGGUGCUUAAAUAUCAUAGUUUCACUUAUUAAGCAAGCAUUGAGGGUCAAAGGUGUUACACACUAUCCACCCUUUCACACGAAAACCUAUGGGAAGGGACCGCAUGGCAGAAAAAAAGUGGCCUCUAAAAAGGUAAAUGGGCAAAAUGACCAUCUACUAGAAAAAUAAAUAAUAAUCUUUUUUUUUGCAUUAAUCCCUGCUAACAUCUCACUCAACAAUGGCAAAAUAACCAUUGAGCCUUUAUCCCAUUCAAUUCAAUUCAAUUUUGAAAUUGUGAAUGUACAAUUGUACGUCCAUGUUUGUGUUUCAUGUAGAUUUGUAGUGUCAAGCAUAAAAGGGUGAAUGUGUCAUGUGAGCCUUGUAAGCUUAAGGUUAGUAACAUUCUAAAUGAAAAGAAAACCGGUGUAAUGUCUAGUACAGGCUUGUGUGAAUGAAGGACAUUAUGCAUUCAAAGAUAGUUUGACAGAACAGCCAGUCUUUUCCCAUUUUCACUUCUGCUUCUGCUGUCUUCAACCAUAAAUCAAUUUGGUAGGAUCAGCUGUGAGUCAAGACCCCACUGGCUGAAGUCACUUGGUGCUGACCUCCCAGAUGAGGGAACAGGAUUUUAGUUGACAAUUAUACAAAAAAUAGUUGCUGUUCUCUGAGUGUUUUUGCAUUACUAUGUAAUGAGUAAAUAUUUAGUUGUUAAAAUAAUCAUGCUGUUAUGGUACCUUUUAAAGUUUCUUUAAACUCCUUAAAAUGUUCCUUUAAAGGGCCCAUAUUAUGCCCCCUUUUACACAAGUUACAUUGGUUUUCAGGUGUGUGAACUACAUGUCUUUGCCAUUCCAUGUCAAAACACC